CUUGAAACACACACUCACACACACACGACUUGAGCUCUGAAAUUUCUAGGGUUUUGAUCUGAGUAAUCUGUGUGAUUCUCCUCCGAUCCGUGGAGGAGACCGACUUAGUUCGGUGAUUUAUCUUCGUUUGGGACUUCGCAUUGUUGAUUUUGUUAAAACGGAGAGUAAUGGCGGUGAAUCGGAUGCUGUUGGUUACUGCAAUAGCGGCGAUGUUCGCGGUGUUUGUAGGCAUUGUUUGUCCAAAUGUUAGAGCUCAAUCGAUGGCACCUGCUCCUGCUCCUUCUAGCGAUGGGACUUCGAUUGAUCAGGGAAUUGCAUACGCAUUGAUGAUUGGCGCAUUACUUCUAACCUACCUUAUCCAUCCUUUGGACGCCUUCCCGUAUGGUCUCUUUUAAUAAUUUCCUUUACAUGUAUUAUUAGCUUUGAGUUUGCUUCAAAUUAUAAUCAGAAUUAUUACACUAUGACAAAUGCAAUCAUCAAGUUUUAUUCUUGAUCA